CCCGUAACAAUUCUCUACAAAACUCUCUCCAGCUAUUUUCUCUCACAGCCCUCGGAUAUUCGUCCACUAUCUGCGCCAUGCCUUCAUUCAAUAUCCUCGUCCUGGGCGGUGACCAUAUCGGCCCCGAGGUCGUCGCCGAGGCCGUCAAAGUUCUACAAUCCGCCGAGUCUCACCCAGCCGUGGCGGCCAAGGGCAUCAAGUUCAACCUGGACCAUGACCUGCUGGGUGGUCAGUCCAUUGACGUCCACGGCAUACCACUGACAGAGGCUGUGAUUGAGAAGGCCAAGAAAUCCCACGCUGUGCUCUUUGGUGCCGUCGGAGGGCCCAAAUGGGGCAUGACGGGUGAGCUCAGGCCUGAGACAUCGGUGCUGGAUCUUCGUCGUGCGCUCAACUGUUGGGCCAACAUCCGUCCGGCCAAAGUCCCUUCUAAUGGCGUGGCCAAGUGCUCACCCCUGAAGGAGUCUAUCGUUAAAGGCACUGACUUUAUUGUGCUACGUGAAAACUGUGGCGGCGUCUACUUUGGCGAUAAACAAGAAUUCUCGAGCGAGAAGCCGGACUACGCCAGCGAUGUUUGGGGAUAUCAUCGAUGGGAGGUCGAGCGCAUUGCCAAGAUGGCCGCGUACCUUUCACGCAAGCACGGUGGGACCAAAGGUCCCAGCAGGAUAACAAACAUUGACAAGGCUAAUGUACUUGCUGUGUGUCGCCUGUGGCGCGACGCUGUCUGGAAGAUCCGCGAUGCCGAGUUCCCUGACAUCCCCAUGACCAACCAGCUCUCCGACUCGCUAGCCCUCGUCAUGGUCAAAAAUCCGCGUUCGCUCAACGGCGUCGUGCUGUGCGACAACAUCUUUGGUGACUUGUUCUCUGACGAGGCCGCGGCUGUUGUUGGUUCGCUUGGAUUUUCGCCUUCCGCUUGCUUGGCUGGUAUCCCUGGUGACGGGACAAACUCGCCAGGCAUGUAUGAGCCGAGCCAUGGUUCUGCGCCGGACUUGCAGCCCAACUGUGCCAACCCUGUUGCCACUAUCCAGAGUGCUGCCAUGAUGCUACGGUACAGCUGCGAUCUCGACUUCUUGGCCGAUGCUAUAGAUGAGGCGAUCAGCGUUGCGCUUGAUGAUAAAGAGGCUGGCGGUCUGGAGGUGCGCACCGGUGACAUUGGUGGAUCUGCGUCAACCACCGAGAUGGGCGACGCCAUUGUCGCCUCACUCAAAGUUAUCCUAGAUAAGAUGGUUUGAAUUGUAAGGCAGAGCAUCUGUUAUGUCAUAAGGAGGACGACACAUGGCCCGGGAAAGGCAGCAUAGAUCAUUAGGAAGUUGGUGUAUAAAAUCAUCGUUUGAUAGCAAUACAUGUGUACAG